AUGCCUAAAACAGCAGUUGUCAGCGGAGGCGCUCGCGGUAUCGGCCGUACUCUCGCUCGAUACUUCCUCGAGAAAGACUACCGUGUUUUCAUCCUUGAUAUCGAUGAGCAGGAACUCACGCACACAACCCGCACUCAUCUAAAGUCUUACUACGACUCUAAACUUGUCGACUCGGCGCUUUGCGAUUUGCGCAAUACGGAUGAGAUUCAUGAGAAGAUUCAACAAGCGGCGGAGUUUUUAGGUGGAAGGAUCGAUGUGGUGAUUAACAAUGGCGGUAUUGCGGCGCCGCAUUGGAAAGAUGGGAAGACUAUGCUUGAUCGCGAGACGUUGGAUCAGUGGAGGGCGUAUAUCGAUACAAACCUCACUGCACCGUUUGCCGUAUCACAAGCUUGUCUGCCGUUUAUGAAGAAUGAGAAGGAUACCGGUCCUGUCACGGAGGACAGUCACAGCACAGCAGGACCAUGUAUCAUCAACAUCGGCUCCUUCCGCGCAAUGCAAAGCGAUCCCAACCAAGAAGGCUACGCAUCUGCCAAAUCCGGUCUUUUGGGUCUUACGCAUAGCAUGGCUGUUAGUCUCAAGCAGUUUGGUAUUCGCGUGAAUCUCGUUGCGCCGGGCCGCAUCAAGGCUACGCAUGAGUCAAAGGAGGGCGAUGAGAAGGGCGUUAAAUGGGCGGAUUUAAAUGAGGAUAAGGAUGUGGAUGAUCAUCUUACCAAUCGUGCUGGAAGACCUUGGGAUAUUGCAAUGGCGGUGGAGUAUAUGGUUGAUGCUGGGUUUGUUACGGGUCAGGAUCUUGUUGUUGAUGGUGGUGCAGUUAUGAUUAAGUAG